AUGUAUCUCGGUCCCGGUGUCGCGGUGCCCAAUGGGCCCACUGCUGGCCAGAAUGGACUACGAGAUCGGGCUGGUUCGACUGCUACGGCUGUAUCAUCUGCUGCAGGGAGCGCAAAGAAGGCAGGCAGUAGGCGAGCAACUCAAGACGAAUUUGGCAUUGCAAGCAACGAAGAUUCACCGGUCCGCGGCGGCAAGCUCAAGAAAUUCUUCGGCGAAGACGAAGCUCAGAUGCUGCAGCAGCAACCUCUGUCGGCUCAGAAUGAAUCUCUGCCGCCCGUAGCCAAGAAAGCCGUUGAUGAGUCUCCUUGGUACCUUGGACCAGACUACCUUCCAGAGGAUAUCGUCAUUUCUGCCGAGGGUCAGGUGAAGGGUGCCACCCUGCACGCUCUCGUUGCUCGACUGACGAUGCACAACACCUUCGAUGCGCCCUUCAACAACACUUUCCUGCUGACCUAUCGAUCUUUCGCCACUACGGACGAGCUCAUGAAUCUACUCUUUGCACGCUUCAGGAUCAAUUCUCCAGAGGGACUGACCGCAGAGCAACACUCGGAAUGGGUGAGCAAGAAGCAGAUGCCAGUGCGCCUGCGAGUGUUCAAUGUACUCAAGUCGUGGCUGGAGAGCUACAUCUACGAAGGAGAAGAUGACCGUCAUUUGCACACCAUUCGGAGAUUUACCGACGAAAUGGCUCAUCAUGGCAUGGAGAAUCCGGCGAAACAGCUGGGAAAGCUCUUGGACAAGAGGGAGGGUGGUGAGGGUCUGACGGUGCGCAAGUUGAUUCUCCCGGAGUCGGCACCUCCGCCUGUGCUGCCCAAGACGCGCAAUAUCAAGUUCCUGGACAUCGAUGCCCUCGAAAUGGGUCGACAGCUUUCUCUCAUGGACCAUGGGUUGUAUUGCAAGAUCAAGCCAGCAGAGUGUCUAGGCAAGGCCUGGUCGAAUGCCGACUCGGCGGACCGUAUGGCUGCUGGAAUUAAGGAGACGAUCAGUACCUCGAAUCAAAUUACCGGUUGGGUAGCCGAGUCGAUCCUGGUGCAGCAAGAUCUCAAGAAGCGGGCAGCUUGGUUGAAGCAUUUCAUCGCCAUUGCCGACGCCUGUCGCUCUCUCAACAACUUCUCCACAAUGACGGCCAUUGUCUCUGGCCUGAACUCGGCACCAGUGUUCCGGCUAAAGAGGACUUGGGACGCUCUCAACCAGCGCUUCAUUGUCAUGCUCGAAGGAAUGAACAAGAUCAUGCAGUCCUCGAAGAACUUUGCAGACUAUCGAGAAAUGGUGCACCGACUCAACCCUCCCUGUGUCCCCUUUUUGGGAGUCUACCUCACCGACCUCACCUUCAUCGAGGACGGCAACCCGGACCGACUCAAGUCAGACGAACGCCUCAUCAACUUUGGCAAGAGGCAGAAGACGGCCGAGGUGAUUCGGGAGAUUAUGAUCUACCAGGCUACACCCUAUAACCUCUCUGUAGUCCCCGGAGUACAGAGGUUUAUCAUGGCCAAUUUGAUCAGUGCGAGGAAUGAUAACGAACUCUAUCAACAGAGUCUCAAGUUGGAACCGAGGGAGAGGGAGGAUGAGAAGAUCAGCCGACUCUUGGCCGAGAGUGGAUUCCUCUGA